AUGAUCUCUUCGGUGAAGUUGACAGCCUCAUCCUUCACGGCGUUAGAUUUGACAACCCGAAAGCUUCCUUUUUCGAAGCCUCGGUUUCCUUCCCAACCCACCACUCAGAAUGCGAAACAGAGCCUUAACCGCUCUUUCUCUUCCCAGAAACCCAUUUACAUUUCUUCCAUCGAGAAUUUCGCAUUGCCAACGGUGACCCAAAAGCGCGGAACAGAGUGCAAUGCCUACGAAGACGACCGGUCUCGGCCACUUGAGAUUAACAUCGAGUUUCCGGACGAGCUGACCCGAUUUGAGGCGGCUCAGAGGCUCAAGAUUAGAAUAUAUUUCGCCACCUGGUGGGCUCUUAAUGUGGUUUUCAAUAUAUACAACAAGAAGGUUCUGAAUGCUUUUUCAUACCCGUGGCUCAUUUCCACGCUUUCGCUCGCAACUGGGUCGCUCAUGAUGCUGAUUUCGUGGGCCACGAGGAUUGCCGAAGUUCCCAAUACAGAUUUGGAGUUCUGGAAGAGACUUUUUCCGGUUGCGGUGGCACACACCGUUGGGCAUGUUGCAGCGACUGUGAGCAUGUGGAAAGUUGCAGUUUCGUUCACCCACAUCAUCAAGAGUGGCGAGCCUGCUUUCAGCGUCUUGGUUUCAAGGUUUUUGCUUGGUGAGAUGUUUCCGGUGCCGGUUUAUCUGUCACUCUUGCCAAUUAUCGGAGGAUGCACCCUUGCCGCAGUGACCGAGCUCAAUUUCAACAUGACUGGGUUUAUGGGCGCCAUGAUAUCAAAUUUAGCCUUUGUGUUUCGCAACAUAUUCUCCAAGAAAGGGAUGAAGGGGAAGUCUAUUAGUGGGAUGAACUACUAUGCUUGUCUGUCUAUGUUGUCUCUUUUGAUUCUUACACCUUUUGCCAUUGCCGUGGAGGGCCCCAAGAUGUGGGCGGUUGGCUGGGAAAAAGCCAUCUCUCAGAGUGGACCACAUUUCAUAUGGUGGGUGGCAGCGCAGAGUGUCUUCUAUCACUUGUAUAACCAAGUUUCAUACAUGUCUCUCGAUCAGAUUUCUCCAUUGACUUUUAGCAUAGGAAACACAAUGAAGCGGAUAUCUGUUAUAGUCUCAUCUAUCAUAAUCUUUCACACACCAGUCCAACCCAUCAAUGCUAUUGGAGCUGCCAUUGCAAUUCUUGGCACCUUCCUCUACUCACAGGCCAAGCAGUGA